GCAAUACUUAGUUUGACUAGAGAAAAGCGGAAAGCCUACAGCAUCAGCAGCAGAAAUUAGCCGAUGGAAAGUUGGAUAAAAGUCCUAGAAUAUCUCUGCUGAUCGUUAACAUUAGGUUUUAUUUUUAGUCAUAAGUCGUAGUUGCAAAAAUCUACAGCAAUAACUAGCUUGUUUGUAAGUGUAACCCGUCGUAAAGAUGGAUAAUGACAUAUUGGAUUCUCUUAACGAUUUGGGUUACACUGGCCCUCUAACCGAUGAAGCUGCCUUCGCCAAAGCAGUUGACGGCGGCCCAAAGUCCCUGGAAUACACCAAACUGAUCCACAUCCUUGCUGAAGAGCUGAAGAAGCUAUGUAACCUUGAAGAGACUGUAAACAUGAUGAAUGAUCCAGAUGAAUCCAGCUCCUUCCUGUUGGAGCUUAGUUCCUUUUUGAAGGAGCUGGGGUGUCCUUAUAAGAAUCUAGUUACAGGUCACAUGUCCUCACGCCUGGAGACUAAGGAAGACAAGAUCCUACUACUCGACUACUUGAUCUCAGAGCUGAUGGCAGCCAGGAUUGUGGGGGUUGACCGGCCUAAGGAGAAACCGGGGAUGGAGAUUGUCAUGCAAGAAUCUCCCACUGCCAAGGAUCUGAAGGAGAUACUGAUAGCGCUAAAGUUCAACAAACCACCGCCCAACAUCACAGCUGAGAUGCUGUUCUCGAAGUUGGAGUCGAAACUUAAGGACACCAUACAGAAAGAAGGUCAACAGUUAGUAGGGAAGCCAUUAUACAACAAAGCCAUGACCGAAAAAGACUGGAAGGCACUCGAGACAGCCUUCUCGGAGAUGUAUGAGGAAUACAGGUUGCGGAGAGAAACAUUGAUCACUAGGUUGGAGUGCACGGUGCAGAGUUUUGAGUGGUCCGAACGUCUCAAAACGAAGAAAGACGUCAUCCAAUCCGCAUACCGGCCGAAACGUGACCAAAUGAGAAUGAAACCCGACGUCAAACUGUCGGAUUUCCUCGCUGCCAGGACCUCGUUGUUGCAAGUGGAGAAAACGUCAAGCGCGAGCGUCAGGAAAAAUACACAGAGCGACGUUAACAAAGUUAUCAUUGGACAGGUCCCCGACCGCGGCGGGCGCCCCCACGAGGCGCAGCCGCCGCCGCCCGAGAUGCCGUCGUGGCAGCAGCGCUCCUCCGGCCCGCAGGGUGGUGGCGGCCGCGGCGGUGGAGGCGGCAUGGGCGGUGGUGGGGGCGGGCGCGGGGGCGGCGGCGGGGGUGGGCGCGGCGGCCGCGUGCAGGGCGGGUACAACCAGGGGCAGGGCGAUCAACGACCCCAAACGAGCCCGGCACCCUUCAACCAGAACCAGAGCCGCAACUACCAAACCUACGAGGUCCCUCCCGGCGGUUACAACAACAACCAGAACUACCAGAGUAACCAAUACCAGGGCAGCCAGGGUUACCAAGGCCACCAAGGCGGCUACGAUAGCCAGAGCAGGGGAUAUGACAACCAGAGAGGUUAUGAUAACCGAGGCGGUGGUGGUAGUUAUCAGAACCAGGGCGGUUACCAGAAUCAAGGUGGCGGUGGCGGUGGCUACAAAACCUACCAAACCCAAUCCUACCAGAAUCAGGGGUACCAGAGCCAAGGGUACCAAGGGAGGGGGUACCAGAACGAGCACGACGACCGCACCGAGAGGAGGGGCGGAGGGGGAGGGGGAGGGAGGGGAGGGUACGGGGGGAGGGGGCGGCGCUAGAGUUCAUUGGAAGGUGUUUGAUAGCAACGUGGUAGUUUGGUUUAAAGUCUUAAUUUAUUCAGUUUCAUUAAAAAUCACCUGUUGCAUGGUGUUCGGCGGUUUUAAACAAGUUAGAAAAUUCAGGGACAAAUCAUGCUGUCCCUUUCUAACGUAUGGCACUAUCCCUUUCGGCUAUUCGGGUUGUCAAUAUUUAAGUCAUUAUCUGGUUGUGCACGCGAAGGGUCGUCAAAUUGUGCCUACCCUAAUAAUUGCUCUGAGCAACGCUGAACCGAACGGAGACGAGAAUGCCCGAAAUGAUCAGUCUCGCCCCCCUAAUAUUGCUCGAUUUAAUAUUAAUCGUGCCCCAAAGUUUGUCAGCAGAAAUAGAUAUUUGUUUCGUGGUAAUUGAAUUGUCAAAGAUCAACUUUCCACCGGACCUUUGUCAUUGGAUUAUAUAUGAUGCUGGACAGCGCCAUCUAUCAAAUUCUAGAUGUGUCGAAUUUGAAUACAAUCAAUCAAUUUGAAUGUUUGAAUUUGAAUCAUAAGUUUUCAAGUACCUAAUUUUAAUUAUUACUGUUUGCUAUCAAAUGACUUUAUAAUAAACUAAUUAUACUUAUUUAACACCUUGAUCAUUAAAUGAAUUGUUAAUCUCAAAAUGUUUAGUGAUUAUUUGAUUAUUAAGCUAGACUUAUCGAAUGCGAAAAUAAACAUUUUUAGGCAUAUAAAAUACAUAUACUAAAACAGCAGAGAAUGUAUGAAAUUUGUAUGAAAACUGCCCAUUCACACUUUGCAUUAAAUCAGCUAUAAAUAAUUACAAUAGAAAUAUAUACACAAGUUAUGUAUAAUCAUGUACAACUCAAUAGAACAUACUUUGUUGUAUGUAUUGUUAUUUUUUUUAAUACACUAAAUUAAAGACUGUAAAAUG